CCCAUUUGAAUCGCGCUCCCACUUUCUUAAAAGCUCUCUCUCCUAACCCAUUUGCUCACUGUCCUUGCUCCUUAUUGCCCGAAGUCGUCCUUUAAUAACCACGAUGGCCGAGAAAAGCAAGAUCCUGAUCAUCGGAGGCACUGGAUAUAUCGGAAAGUUUAUCGUCCAAGCAAGCGCUAAGGCCGGUCACCCUACGUUCCUUCUCGUGAGGGAAUCUACUCUCUCCAAUCCCGCCAAAUCGCAGAUCAUUGAGAAUUUCAACAACUUAGGCGUGAAGUUUUCUAUCGGAGAUUUGGAGGAUCACGCAAGUUUAGUGAAGGCGAUAAAGCAAGUGGACGUGGUAAUAUCAACGGUAGGUCAUGAACAGUUAUCCGAUCAAGUCAAGAUCAUUGACGCCAUUAAAGAAGCUGGCAAUGUUAAGAGAUUCUUCCCAUCCGAGUUCGGUAAUGACGUGGAUCGGGUCCAUGCAGUUGAGCCAGCAAAAACAGCAUUUGCCACUAAGGCGAAAAUCCGUCGAACUAUUGAGGCAGAAGGAAUUCCAUACACCUAUGUCUCCAGCAACUUCUUUGCUGGCUAUUUCCUUCCCACUUUGGCACAACCAGGAGUCGCAGCUCCUCCAAGAGAUAAAGUUGUCAUCCUAGGUGAUGGAAACCCAAAAGGUGUGUUUAACAAGGAAAAUGACAUUGGUACCUUUACAAUUAAAGCCGUGGAUGAUCCAAGAACCUUGAACAAAAUCCUCUACGUAAGACCUCCAAAAAACACUUACUCCUUCAACGAUCUUGUGUCUUUGUGGGAAAAAAAAAUUGGCAAAACCCUUGAAAAGAUCUAUAUUCCAAAAGAACAAGUCCUUAAAAACAUCCAAGAAGCUGCGGUUCCACUGAACGUGAUACUGUCAAUUAAUCACUCAGUUUUUGUGAAAGGAGAUCACACCAACUUUGAGAUUGAAGAUUCGUUCGGGGUGGAGGCUUCACAGCUUUAUCCAGAUGUGAAAUACACUACUGUGGAGGAGUACCUUGAUCAGUUUGUUUGAGUAUUUGACGCCAUAAGUGUACUGCCAAAUCAAAUAAAACUAGUCGUUGAACAAAUCAUGGGGCGUAUGGUGUGUUGUCUGUGUUUCUCAUUUGUCUUUUACACCUCUCAUAAAUGUUGUUGAAGAUUAUUUUGUA